AUGGUUGACAACAACGCCAGAGAUUUGAUUGAAGAGCAUAUCUUUCCAAAGUUAGAUCCCGACUUCCUGGCGUACUUUUCUAGUCUCAAAACCCGGUCGCCGACAACAUCGUACGCACCAAUCGAACAUGUUCGCGCAAACCCCGAGGCAACUCAAUCGCCUUGUUCUCUCGAUGCAUCCAAGUAUCCUGGCGUGAAGAGCUCUAGUUUUGCUUCAGAAGAUGGGGCUCAUAUACCCGUGCAGCUGUACUAUCCCGAUUCAGACACACACGGCCUUGGGCCAUACCCAGUGCAUCUAAAUUUCCAUGGUGGGGGUUUUGUGAUUGGCGAUCUCAAAACUGAGGCUACACUUUGUCUCAGCAUGCGCGAGGCGGGAGUCGUGGUGGUGGAUGUUGACUAUCGCCUAUGUCCAGAGAACGCAUGGGGAACGGGUAUUCAGGAUGCAUGGAAUGCGCUCAGUUGGGUUCGAGAGUCGGCCGACACGUUAAACAUCAACGCCCGCUCCAUCUCAAUUGGCGGAGUUUCAGCGGGUGGGCACAUUUCCCUGGUGCUGCAACAUAUGGCCCGGGAUGCCGAUGUUCCCUUGAAGCUUUGCAUGGCGUCUGUGACCCCAGCAACGAAAGGAUUAAGCUACAGAUACUACACCGAGUCGCCGUUCUCGUCCUUCCAUGAGUUUUACCGUGGACCCGUGUUGCCGUGGGCACGGAUCAAAUACUUUGGAUGCUUUUGCAUGCCGCCGGAGAAGCUCCCCGAGCUCCAGAAGAUGUGGCCCGGCUGGUGGUUUGAGCCACUAGACGCCCCAAAUUGGAGUAACCUUUGUGAUACCUUCAUCAGAACCGCCGAAGUAGACCCCUUGAGAGAUGAAGGAGAAGCUUACGGCAUGAAACUUGUGGCCGGCGGCAACAAGGUUACAAUCAAACGUUACCUCGGAUGCCCGCAUACCUUCAUGUACAUUUCCUCCAUGAAGCGAAAACAAGAAUAUGACCGUGAUGCGGUCGAGGCUCUGCGUGUUGCACAUGGCUUGGCCUGA